GGGAUAGUGUACAUUUUUGCAUGUGAUCUAGGGUUACAAAGUUGAACUAGUAUAAUACAUAAUUAUGGGGUUAUCAUGUUUUUCUCUUGGUGGAUAUUUGAUUUUGCUUGUGUUGUUUGUUGAUUGUGUUGUUUAUGCUGAUGUUAAUGGAGUUGGAGAUGAGAAGCUCCUAUUUGGACAUAGAAAGUUUGGGAAGAGGUUUGGUGGUGGAGGUGGAUUAGGUGGUGGAGGUGGAUUAGGAGGAGGUGGUGGUUUAGGUGGUGGAGGUGGAUUAGGAGGUGGUGGUGGUUUAGGUAAAGGUGGUGGACUUGGUGGUGGGGGUGGAUUAGGAGGAGGUGGUGGUUUAGGUAAAGGUGGUGGACUUGGUGGUGGUGGUGGACUAGGAGGUGGUGGAGCCGGAGGAGGACUAGGUGGUGGUGGUGGACUAGGAGGUGGUGGUGGAGCUGGAGGAGGACUAGGUGGUGGUGGUGGAGCUGGUGGAGGAGUAGGUGGUGGUGCCGGAGGAGGAGUUGGUGGAGGUGGUGGAUUUGGUGGUGGUGCUGGUGGUGGAGGAGGAUUAGGUGGUGGUGCUGGAGGUGGUUUUGGUGGAGGUGGAGGGGCCGGAGGUGGUCUAGGUGGAGGUGGAGGCGGAGGAUUUGGUGGUGGUGGAGGUGGUGGCAUUGGUGGUGGUGGAGGUGCCGGAGGUGGCUUUGGUGGUGGUGCAGGUGGAGGCGUUGGCGGAGGUAUAGGAGGUGGUGGUGGAUUUGGUGGUGGUGGAGGCAUUGGUGGUGGUCAUUAAUUAUUGAUCAAUAUAUAUAGUUCUUGCUAUUAUGUCUUGCAUGAACUAUAUAAGAAUGUGAUCAAAAUGUUAAAUAUUAUUAUGUACUUUUGUAGUUUCUAUUUUUUUGUGAGAGUACUUUGUAAAAGUACUUAAACAAGAGUAUAUCAUUAUUUAUCAAUUAUAUCAAAAGUAAAUUUGUCCUUUAAAGCUUCUUUACAUGUUAUUACAUGUAAAAUAAAGCUUAUGGACUAUUGUAUUAUCCAACCAUAUUAUUAAUAAAGUAUGUUGUUUUCCAAGUGUGCUAAA